UAAAUUAUUUAUUUGAAGAAGAAAACAUGACACCCAACAACCUAUCUACAGAAACAACAACACCAACUCCCACCGAGGGAAACAUCAUGCCACCACCAACACUCAAGUGUCUCCAAUUCAAUGUCUGGCUGGAUGCCACACGAGUCCGGGAAGGCUUGGAGCUGACUGCCGAUGCCAUUAUCGACUCCAAGGCUGAUAUUGUCUCCUUGAUUGAAGUCAAGAAUUUCACAGGCGACUUUGUAGGGCGUCUCAAGAAGGCGUUAAAGGCGCGAGGGGUUGACUUUUACGGUAGCUUUGCCGGCAAUCCCUUCAAGCUGAGCAUGGAUGCCGAUACGGCCAUUCUAUCACGUUAUCCCAUUACGGAGCAAACGGUUGUCUACAGAACGUUGGAGAAUUGUAUCGUGAGAUCCAUUGUCCAGGUCAAUCAUCAUCAUCAAGAUAACAAAACGCCGCUUCCAGUAGCCGUCUACUCGGUUCAUUUGGAAUACCGCAGUUACACGUGUUACCUACCGCGAGGCUAUAACAGCUUUAGCUGGAACUUUCCAGGGUGGAAAGCAAGGCGGUCUCCAAAGUCUUGGAAAGAAAUGAUCUUUUGUCAACCGGGAAAUCAUCCAUUAGAACCCAUGGUGGAUCCACAGUUGAUCCACGAGGAUAAUAUGCAAUCCGGACGACCACAAGCUAUUGAAAAGCUAAUGGAGGAUGCCGCUACCUUGUCGGACACUGUUGCGGCCGUGAUUGUCAUGGGCGAUUUCAACGAGCCAUCGGCUCUGGAUUGGACCAAAGCUACCGCACAAACGGUAGAUCACAAUGGUCUCGUCUACGAAUGGGAUUCCACACGCCUGCUUCUCGAGAAUGGAUAUGUCGAUAGCUACCGAGAGCUCUAUCCGAACCCCGUCACACAUCCCGGGUAUACAUGGCCAUCGGCAGCGCAGGGGAAUGGCGCGACCCACAAAAAGAAGACGGAUUGGGCCAAGUUGUCCGAUGAACGGGAUCGAAUUGACUUUAUCUUUUACAAAAACAACAAUCCCCAGCAACAACAAUUAUCAUUAAAAGCCCACGAUGCUCACUUGGUCGGAACACCCAUCAUGACCGCGAGGGAUACCUUGGUGGACGAGUCGGAUUUGCCGUAUGAGGACAAGAUCCAUUACGGAAUUGAGGCACCUUGGCCUUCCGAUCAUCGAGCCGUUUUGACCGAGUUUCGUCUAGUCGGUGAUGCUGCCCCGGCCGUUGCUGCAUCUGGCAUCAAUGGGACGGUAGGAUCUCAAACUUCUGAGACGCCCCUCCAAACCCCUCUCCUAUAGGCAGGUUCGGUGGGACUUAGUAUGUUUGAAGAAAGUGUUCAGCUGGCUCAGUCUGGCCUGGAAAUGCAAUGCCCCCAACUUGCUACUGUAUUCUCAAGCAACCGUUCCAUUGGGAAAUGCUGAGCGCGAUGUACAUGUAGUACAUGUAGUACUAUUUUGAAGAUUUUGUAUUGUUGAAAGAGCUGGCUCAUUAGCCAGGAAAUGAUAGAACACACGCCCAAUAUAUCUAUAUAUGAAUAGAUAGAUGUAGGAAGCAACUUAGUAGCCAAGAUCAUCCAGCCAGUCUAACAUACUAUUGUUGGUCAAUGGUCAUCUACCGGUAGCUAGUGAGUGCUUUGCAACAGGGAGGGGGUAACACUCUAAAUGCUCUGCCAAGUUUAAAAUUGACUUUGCCGAAUAAGAACAAACCCACCCUUCGGCGAUCAACCUUGCUAGAGCUAGCUAGCUAGCAACACAAAAUGAAGCUGAGUGUGAGUUUAAACUUAAUCUUGUCUUUUGACGAUUUUGCAUUGCUGAAAGAGGACUGUCAAUCAGUUGGCCAAGCAAGAAAUGGCUGGCAGACCAUCCCUCGCAACAGUAGGAAUGAAGACUACUGUAUGCAAAGAACAAAUUACAUGAAUAGAAGCAAGAAGCAACUUAGCCAAGAUCCAUUCUGAUGGAUGAAUGGUCAGCCAGCCACCGAUCAGGUUCACUUUGCAACUUGUAAUCAACCAUACCGUAGUGUACUGGUACCGUACCGGAGCCUGACCCACUGCCGGCUUCCCUAGCUAGCUAGAUCAUUCCGUAUGCCAAACUCUACAUGUACCCAAUGUUUCAAGUGGCUACGACCGAAACCUUGGGCAUUGCGGUGUCGAGCGACUGGUCAACUUGUAAUUUGCAAUCAACCAUGCAUCUAUCACUGUAGCCUGGCCCACUGCCGGCUUCCAUAGAUCAAUUCCCUAUGCCAAACUCUACACCUCCAAUGCUUCAAGCGGCCAUGACCAAAACUUUGGGUAGUGCCUUAUCGCGGAUAGGAUAGCGCGACCAGCUCCUCCGGAACCGGUACCACACCACACCUUGGCAAGAUCAACUUGGAACCAUUAUCUUUUCGUAAAUCCACCCGGGCGGAAGAAGAAAGAUCCGCCAAUCGUGUGAAAUUGUGGGGUAUCAACAGGGGUAUAACCAAAUACUAUCAUGUAGCCCGCGGAUAACCUAACAUGUUGUCUACCUCUCUUUACAACC